UCAAUGUCGAGGCCCCCUGCUACGUCUAAUCAAUGUAGCGAGGUCUCAUAGCAUAGAAAGGAAGUCAACCCGAAAUGCCUACGGCGACCAAUCGACACACGUUUACACGUCAAUCAAGGGUUAAAAGCUAGACAUUUCAAAUCAGUAUCAUCAGUGGGUUUCUAUUAAACAUCGAGUUAACAUCUCCGUGGUCAYAUUCUGUAAAAGUGCGUCAUGUAUACGGUUGACAACUUGUUGCAUCAAGACUUUCAUCCCAACAACACCAGCGGAUUUCGCUUUUCCUACGGAGCGCAAAGUGACAGAGAGAUGGGKUUUUUGAAAAGAGUACUACCACUCGAUAAGAGAAGCAAAGUUUCCAUCGUCAGUUCCAAGAGCGAGGAGAAUGACAGCGAAGAUGAACUUCUCAAAGAGAAGGAAAAUGCAAAGCUGAAGAUGAUGGAAGAGAGAGAAGACGAAGACGAGCAAGAUAGCAAUGACAACAGGAACUUAUCAGAAACAUUCGUUGCAGUCAUUGCACAGUCAAUCCUAAGCGUACCAACCAAGCGUAUGACCCUAAGUUCAAUCUACAGCUACAUCGCAAGCCACUAUCCACACUUUGACAAGGAAAAAGGCCCAGGCUGGCGAAAUAGCGUGAGACACAAUCUCUCAAGUAAUGAUUGUUUUGUAAAGGCAAGUCGCGCAGAAAAUGGCAAAGGACAUUAUUGGAUGAUUCAUCCUAAAGAUCUCCCCGAGUUCUCCAAAGGAAAUUUCCGUCGUCCUCGUAAACCAAGACGGCCUCGAUGUUCUCAAGGGAUAAGCUGUUUUUCAGAAAGGUCUUUCUUCCCUUCGCCAAUUGGAGGAAGCUAUUUUAUGAGCCCGUACGCUGCGAAGCACUCUGAAUAUGACUACGCACCGGCCUCAGCAGCGUUUCCACUGAUUGCUUCUACACCUGAUGUCUUCACGAGAGCCUAUGGCAUUCCUUCAAGAUACGAUGCAUUCCCUCGAGACGAAUCCCUAGCAAUUUCUGGGUACCACAACCUCUCGCCGUCUUCCUCGCCGACGUAUCUUGGAUUCCCUUGGCCUGAUACAUCAAUAUUUAGAAAUUAUCCAGCACUGAGCCAUGGUUACUAUCCUUAUAUGUUUAUGCCUCCAGGUAUUGGAGAUGUAUCGCUAUUACAAAAAGACUCUUUAAAACCAAAGGACGACUAAAGGAACACUUAGCUUAGAUACUAAAUGUUACACCGCCGUUUAUUUCUAGUGUGACUUUUAAAGAUAUUGUUAAUAGAAAAGAAAUUAAUAUUUUCACAAAAUAACAUCCAAUAGUGGAUUUUAUGGAACUUAUUUCUUGAAUACAAGAUCGAUUCUUCACGUACUUAUUUGAAAUAAUCUCUUUAGUACACAAACAGAUUGUUGUUCUAUUGUUUUCAAACCGCUAGGCAUUGUAAAUAAUCCCAGACAUUGUAUAAAAAGAUUGAGGUAAGACACGCAAUGUUAGGAAUAAUAAGUUUACAAAUGAAAGCCGUGAGAAAAAUAUUGUACUUUCAAUCCUUAGACAAAAUCGCUAUUUUAAUACAACCAUAUGACAUAUUAGGAACCAAAGAGACAGUAUUUAGAAUCAAUAAUUUCCGUUUAACUUACACAWUGUAAAUAAGUUUGCUCAUGUAAAUAGCUUAAAAAAAUUGUUUUUUUUUUAUCAAAUAAACAUUUUUUCUAAACAAA